CUCUCUUACACGCAUACCACCUCCUAGUCCACACGCACAUCCCUCUCCUCUCCAGAUAAAAUCAUACAACAAUGGCAGUCCGCGUCUUCAUCUACGCCUACCGCAAGCCCACCAUCGACCUCCCCACCUUCAAGGCGCGCUACGAAGCCCACGUCCAGCUGGUCCCGCGCCUCGCCGGUGAGGAUUUCCCUCUAUCCCACAAGCGCAGCUACCUCGCGCGGACCACUGUCGACUCCUCCCCCCGGUGACCUCCUCGCUCCGGAACCCGCUCACCCCGGCUACCGUUUUGGUCGGCCAGCAGGCGGAUUUCGACUUCGACGCGUACGCUGAACUCACCUUCGCGGAACAAGCGGCGUUCCAGGCGUUCUCUGCCAAGGUGAUGGCCCCAGAGGCGGCGGCGCAGAUCACGGCGGAUGAGGAGGGGUUCUUGGACCGGGGGAAGCUGGGGAUUGCGCUGCUGGGGAAUGUGGUGGAGACUACUAAG